GGGUUCAUAAUGAAAGACAAAGAUAAGAAGAAAAAAAUCAUUGCAAGCUUUGUGAAAAGCAUAUUUGCAAUCACCUGCUUUAGCUGUAGAUGUUAGGCUACCCUAAGCAUGUUGACUACCCCAGCUAAACUCAAAACCUGUGGUUAAAGUUAACGUUGAUUUUUGGGCAAACGUUAGCUGGUUAACGUUUAAAAUCGGAGCAUGUUUUGGUUUAAAACAUAGAGAAGUGUUUGAGGCAUCAAGCUUAAUUGUCUUGUCUUACUGUUUACCCCUAUGAACAUGAACAGUUCAUAAACAUAUGUUAUAUCAGUGGUCAAAAUUGCGAACUGGUAGGCUAACGUUAUCUCUUUAAUAAGAAACGGUUAGGCUACAUUCACAUUGCCGUUGUAUUGCAGUGUUUUGUCCGCUUCCGCCAUGAUUAAAUACUUGCCUGAUGAAGUGAAGGCACAACUUCGUUCAGGCAUUGCUAUUUGUUCUCUUCAGCAGUGUGUUGAGGAACUUGUUCUCAAUAGUAUUGAUGCCAGCGCAACCUGUGUGGCAGUGAAGGUGGACGUAGAGGCUUGGAAGUUGCAGGUAGUCGACAAUGGCUUAGGAAUAGACAGAGACGAUUUUGAUAGAGUGGGGAACAGAUACAACACUAGCAAAUGCAGCUGUUUGGAGGACUUGGAGAAUCUGAGAUUUUAUGGGUUUCGAGGAGAGGCUAUGGCAAGCAUCGUCGCCCUUUCUGGUUUGGUAGAAAUAUCAUCCAGGACCAAGCUUUCCACAAAGACAUUUGUUAAGGUGUUCAACAGUGGGCAGAGUGUCAGUGUAUGUGAGGCAGAGACGACCAGACCAUCUGCAGGUACAACAGUUACAAUUUGCAACUUCUUUUGCAACAUGCCUGUAAGGAAGAAACGUCUUGAUCCCGUGUUGGAGAUGGAAAGAAUCAGACAAAGGAUUGAAGCCAUCUCGCUCAUGCACCCGUCUGUCUCCUUCACAAUGAAGAAGGAGUGCACAGGAGCCGUGCUAGUGCAGUUGUCUAAAGUCAAAAGUGUAUACUAUCGGUUUGCCCAGAUUCACGGUCUCGGGAAGGCCCAAAAACUUUGUGAAGUCAAACAUUCGUAUGGACAGUUUGAAAUUACAGGACACAUGGGCCGUGAGGGUCACCACAACAAUGAUAUUCAAUUUCUGUUUCUAAACAGAAGGCUUAUACUAAAAACAUGUAUACACAAACUACUGAAGUGUAUACUAUCCAAAUGUGCAACCUUCACCAAGCAAAGUAGCAGUCCCAUUGCCCAGGUUGCUUCCAGCCCUAAAGAGCGGGCUGGAGCAGAGCUCCAUGGAAUGUAUGUGAUCAACAUCAACUGCAGUUACUCCGAGUAUGAUGUGUGUUUGGAGCCAGCUAAAACACUCAUUGAGUUUAAAGACUGGGACAGUCUGCUGUAUUGCAUGGAGGAGGGUGUCAAAACGUUUCUUAAAAGGGAGAGUCUACUACAGAUUAUGCCCGAACCUGAAGCCUCUCUGGACUGUUUGAUCCCUCCUGUGUUUUGUCAACAGUCAGAUUUUUCUGACAUCGGAAGCCUCAAUCAGAUUGCCUGCAGUGACCUUGUUAGGGGGAAGACACUGGCUUCAAAGUCUGUUCUCCGAAGAGUUGCUGUGGAUUUUACAGAAAUGAGCAGAGGUUCUAAGCCGUGCAACAAGGAUACCACAGAAUGUGAAAUGGAUACCAAAGUUGAGGUGGCAAUAGCAACCAAACUUGAUCAGACUUUUGAGCCAACGUCAUCUCAUGCAGUAAACACUGCAUCACUGAAUCAUUCAAAUCUGCAAGAUAUGCAAUGUAACGUGUCAAAUUCAGUGUCGAAUUGUGAAAACACUAUUAAUGACUCCGUUGCACAUUUUGAUCAUGAAUACAAAGUACUUGAUGACAAUUUUCGAGAGAGUAAGGCUAACAAAGUAAACGGAACCGAAAUUACCAAUAGCUCAAGAUCUGUUAUUGGAACAGUCCAACACAGUUCAUUGAAGAGAGAGUCCAGCCAAAUUUGCAGGCAGCAUUUCACUGACGACAUUGAACCUUUGAUUCCAGAUGUCACACCUAGUCACAAAUUGGCUGUGUCACAUGUAGCUAGCCCUCUUAGCAAAUUUAGAAGAAUGUCUGGUGAGCUAGAUGUAUGUAACAAUCACAUGACAUUUGUCAGUGAGACAGCCUUGGCAGUCAAACAGGACACACAUGUUGCAAACCUUUCAUUUCAUGAGAGAAAGCAGCACAAGACAGACAACUCCCUAACUUUUGUAAAUAGUGUGUCAAAACUACACACCUAUUCAGGUUGUAGAUUAAACAACAGAAGAAAAGUGUCUGUCGCCACCAAGCUAUCUAAUUUGAAGCAGGCAAAUAUAGAAAGUUGUGAUUCUACUACAGAGAAUGUUCUUAAUAUCAUCAGACAUGGAGAUCUCUCUAACGGGAAACAGUUGGCACAUUCUUCAAUACAAAACAUGGACUAUGGCGAGCAAGUUUUGGAUAACACCCCGCUGUGCCCCAUUCUUCCAAAUUGUGAGGAAGAUUCCCCUUCCACUCUUAGACAUGAUUGUAAAAGUUCAGAAAAUCCUGACCUGUCUUAUUCAUUAUUAAGGCCCUGUCAUACUGGAUCCUUAUCUAAUACCACCAACUUUUCAACAUCAGCACCACCCACAACCCUUGUGGAGCUGAACCACAUUGAUAUGCGUAUUCCCUCAACAAUUUCCCUUACUGAUGAGCUUAAGAGUAGUGAUACCCUCCUUCCAAGAGCUGGAAACUCAAAAGGAUUUCACACGGAUGAAUCACAGCAGAGAAAUGAGCAGAGCCCAACAUCAGACAACUGGCUGGCACACUAUGAUUCCUUUGCUGGGAAAAUGGUUUACAUCAACAAAGUAACAGGACUAAGCAAAUAUGAUACUCCAUCAGAGGAAGAGACAAAAGUGCCCUGCAUGUCUGAUGUCACCAACAUGGCUGUCAGUGUGAUUCAGAGAGGAGGGUUUGAGUUAAGGAGUCACCCCUUUCAUACAAAGGCAGUAUUGCCUUUUGUGUUAAAGUGCAGAAGUGAACGGAUGUUGAGCACAGGAAAAGAUGACAAAGUGGACGCUGAGACAACAGAUGGUCUUUCACGACUGUUCUCUACAUGGAAGAAUCCAGUCUUCAUACAGCCACUAGAUGUGGCUUUGAAUGUCACCAGUGGAGUGGCAGAGCAUCUACCGGUGCCAGUACACAACAUAAUGUUACCAUAUCGUUUCACCAAGGAUAUGAUCACCUCCAUGAAGGUCAUUCAUCAAGUGGACAAAAAAUUCCUAGCAUGUCUUGUCAACACAGGAAACCAGAGUAUGUGUUUCAACAAUAACCCAAAAGUUAAUGUAGCAAAUCUCCUGGUGUUGGUGGACCAGCAUGCAGCUCAUGAGAGAGUUCGAUUGGAGGGUCUGGUGGCAGAGUCAUAUCAAGAUGAUCCUCUGCAGCUGGGCCAAAAGAAGCUCUGUUCCUCUGUCGUGUCACCACCCCUGGAAGUGGACGUCAGGCAGGAAGACCUCAGACUUCUUAAAUCCUGUGAGCCUCUUCUCAGCUCUCUGGGCUUGGAUAUGGAAUUUCCUCACAGUGACAAGCCGUGUGUGUUAUUGCGGAAAGUUCCUGCAUGUUUUCUGGAGAGAGAGAGCACCAGUUUGCUCCGUGGUAGAGACUCUGUGGUCAAGUCUCUAGCAGAGGAGUAUCUCCGAGAGCAGAUUAAGUCGCUGCGUUCGACAAGAAGACCACAGAGCACCCUACCACUAACAGUACAUAAUGUGCUAGCAUCUCAGGCCUGUCAUGGUGCAAUCAAAUUUAACCAUAGUCUAAGUCAGGAAGAAUGUCGUAGUUUGGUGAGGUCCCUUGCAGCCUGCCAGCUGCCAUUCCAAUGUGCUCAUGGACGCCCUUCCAUUACCCCAGUUGUGGACCUCCAGUACUUGGACAAUGACCAAAUGGAUACUUCAAAACCCAAUCUACGGAAAUUGAGAAGAAUGUACGAUGCUUGGCGUAUUUAUGGAAUGUAAAGCUCAUGCGAAGAAAACAAUGUAGCUCAUGCUGAAACAUUUAUUUAAUCGUAUAAAAUGCAUUAAGCUCUUUUUAUGAAUUUCUCAAUGUGUGAAAUAUUUAUUGGAUGUCUAUU